CCUAGCCAGGAACAACGACCCCCACUUUUUCUCUCUUAGGUUUAUCCCGACUCGCCCGUCCUUAACCAAUAAGAAACGAAGAAAAUCAAAAAAAGGAAAAAAAAAAGAAAAGUGAGAGAGAGAGGAAGAGAGGAAAUCAAAAUCAGGUUUCUAUUUUUUUUUUAAAUUUACAUUUGUGUGCUUCUCCUUCUCAAGCGCUUGUAACUUGAAAGAACUGAGUCCGUACGUCUGGAAAAAAUCUCUAGGGUUUUAAGCGGUUGAAACAGAUUAAAAGCCAAACCUACUCUCGAUCUUCAAAAAUCUAGGGUGAAGAAGCUCGAAUUCAAUAUUUGUUUAUAUAAAUAGGGGUAUAUGAGAUAAAACGGCGCCGUAUUUGAUGGACGAGAUCUGGGAGAGAGCGGUGGAGACAGCUUUAGACGGGCAAACGGACCACGCGGCGACUCGAACCUUAACACUUGACGGUGCGGUGAAGUGCGUUCAGGGUCGUCUCCCACCGCCGAGUCUGUUGGAAAAAUUCGAGAAUCUUCAACAUCUUUCCAUCGCCAACAUCGGCGUUUCAUCUCUAGAACAGUUUCCUCGUCUCCGAAAUCUCCAGAAACUCAUCCUUUCCGAUAACAGAAUCGCUGGUGGCCUCGAGUUCCUCGUCGAAGCUGGCCUCGACUCGCUCCGAGACCUCGACCUGUCCAACAAUCGGAUUCAAUAUAUCGAGGAUCUUGCCCCGCUUGCCCAGCUUAAGCUUGUCUCCCUCGAUCUUUAUGAGUGUCCCGUUACCAGAGUUAAGGAUUAUCGAUCUAGGGUUUUUGGGUUAAUAAAAUCGUUAAAAUAUUUGGAUAAAAUGGAUGCGGAGGAGAAUGAAAGGCCGGAGUCGGAUGAUGAGGAGGACGAUGAAGAGGAAGAAGAUGAAGAUGAUCCUGGGAGUGGGGAAAUCGACGGUGAGGAUAGGCCGUACAGAAUAAAUAACGGGCAUAGUGAAGGAGGGGAAGGGAUUGUUGAUGUUGAUGAGGAUGAAGAGAGCGAUGCGGAUGAAGAAGAGACAGAGACAGGUAGAAGAGUAAAUGGGCAAAGCCAUGAGGCUAACGGGUUUCGGAUUGAGGAAGUAGGGAGAGAUGAAGAUGAAGACGAAGAGGAUGAUGAUGAUGAUGAGAAUGAUUCAGGUGAGGAAGUUGAUGAUGAUUAUGAGGAAGAAGAUGAUGUUGUGGAAGUUCAUGAGAUUGGGGAUAGUGAUGAUGAGGAAGAUGGGGUAGAGGAUGAUGAGGAUGACGACGACGACGAGGAUGAUGAGGAGGAAGAGGUAGAUAACGAUGAAGGUGAUUUUGCUGAGCCGGAGAGUACUGGGCGUUUGACGAGCACAGAAGGGGAGAUUGAUGGGCAUGAACAUGGAGAAGAUGAUGGGGAUGAAGAUGAUAAUGGUGAGACUGGUGAGGAAGAGCAAGGUGUUGAAGAUGAUGGGGAAUUUGACGAUGAAGAAGAGGGUGAAGAUGAGGAUGAAGACUUUGGUGAAGGUUACCUGGUUCAACCAGUGGGCCAGGCUGAAGAACAUGAUGCUGGAGGUAGUGAUAUGGACCCAGGGAAUGAAGAAGAUGAUGCAGAAGUGGAGGAGGAAGUUGAAGAUGAUGAGGAAGUUCAGGUGCUGCCAUCGUCUUCACAUCUUAAGAGAAAGAGAAGUGAUGAUGCUGAGAAGGACGAUGAUGUUGAGGAUGACGAGGAGGAAGACGAUGUUGUUGAGUUUGCAAAGGCAUCGAAGAAGCAUCGUUAGCUCUUUCUGAAUUUCCUGAGUUAGAUGUUUUAUUAAUGCUUAAAAAGCUUGGAAACAGGGGAAACUUGAUGUUAGAUUGGUUGAUAGAGUCAGUCUCGGUAGUGAUGUUGGCUGUGUUAUUGGACAAAUGUUUAGGUGAAAAGGAAUUGUAUCUUGGGUGGUACAUGCCUUAGUUCGAAAAGUCGUUAGCCUUUUUCUCCCGCUUGCUCUAUCUUAUAUAGCCGUUACUAUUUGUUAAUUCAAAUGGCAGUUAUAAAGGUUUUACCGCCCAUGUUCAGCUCUCAGGAGUCGGGAGUCUUGUAUUUCUAAAGGGAAAGAAUGGAGGGAAAAGAGAACUUGAUAAAAA